CACCAUUCUAGAUGCAUGUACAUACAUGCAAAAGAAGUAACUGCACGUAACCAUUCCUACUUUACGCAUCUGUCGUGCAAGAUGUCUGCCCAGUUUGAGUACGACGAAUCGGGUGGCACUUCUCUCUAUUUUCUUGUUUCUUUCUAUGCCUUGUUUCUUUUCCCACUUACAUAUUACUUGUGGCCUUCUAAGCAAAAGAAAGAUGAUCCAGAGAAGCUCAAGAAACAAUGCCAAUGUCAUCCCUGCCUGGUCAAGAAAGCCAAACUCCAGGCAAAGAAACCCACUCAGAAACUACGACAUCUUCUGAAGUGGGGUUUGUUAUUUGGCGCUUGGGUAUUGUUCAUAUAUCUUGCAGUCCGGGCAUCUCAAGUGGAACGAGAUCAUGUGGAGUAUGAUCCAUAUGACAUCUUGGAACUCGACCGAGGGGUAACACAAGCAGAGAUUAAGAGGAAGUACCGUCUCCUGACUAAGACCAAACAUCCUGAUAAAGGAGGAGAUCCAGUGGAGUUUAUGAGAAUAGCCAAGGCAUACGCAGCAUUGACAGAUGAUGAAUCAAGAGAAAACUGGGAGAAGUAUGGCAAUCCUGAUGGCCCUACAGCUACCAGUUUUGGAAUUGCUUUACCAGCAUGGGUUGUGGAUCAAAAUAACUCCAUUCUGGUACUUGGUGCAUAUGGAUUGGCGAUAAUGGUUAUCUUACCCAUUGCUGUGGGUACAUGGUGGUAUCGCUCUAUUCGUUACAGUGCAGUUGAAGUACUUCUUGACACAUCUCAACUCUUUCUUCACUUCAUCUACAAGACACCAUGCUUGAAUCUUAAAAGAGCUUUGAUGAUAUUAUCAGGAUCUUUUGAGUUUGAGGAGAAGCAUAACAGUGAGAUUGUGCUUCGACCAAGUGACAAUGAAGAACUUCCCCCGCUGAUGCGUGAAUUUGACAGCGAGUAUGGGAAGAAGAGUAAGGAGAAACCGUUUGUGUAUCCAUACAGCCGUAAAGCAAGGAUUCUUCUUUAUGCUCACUUAGCUAGGACUGAACUCCCUCUAGAAACUCUGGAUGUUGACAAGAAGUACAUCGUCAGCAAAUGUCCGCAGUUGAUUCAAGAAAUGAUCAAUACUGCCUCUCAGCUUGUCACAUGGAAAAACUAUGGCAGAGUGGCCAAAGAGCCUCGUCUUGAGUCCAUAGAGUUCCUGAUGCGUCAGAGCCCAAUGAUUGUCCAAGCUUGCUGGGACAAAACGCCACUACUACAACUGCCACAUUUUAAUGAAGAUACACUGCGAAAAAAGCGCCACAUUAAAGCCAUUAGUCAGUUCGUCAAAAUGAAGGAUGCCGAUAGAAGGAACAUUCUUCGUCAUCUUCAUGAGAAGCAAUAUCAGGACAUUCUGAACGUCUUGAAGUCACUGCCUAAAUUGGAUGCAGAUGUGGAGCUAGAAGUACUUGCUGAUGAGGACAAGAAGUCGAUAACUGCAGGGUCUUUGGUAACGGCUACAGUCACCCUAAGGAGAGGCACAUUUCAGGUGUUGGAUGAUGAAAGCAAUGAUCCAGUAGAUGCUGUGGAAGACGCUGUUGUAGAAGACGCAUUAGAUGAAGAUAAAACUGAUUCACCAGUACCACACAAACCCAAGACUCAUGUUUGGGAGAAACACAGAAGAAAAAAGAACAAAGGAGGAGGAGGAGGAGCUAAGAACAAAGCCCAGAAGAAGCAGGCUACUAAGAAAGCAGCCGCCGCAGCAGCACUGAAAGCAGCGGAGGAAUCACCUCAACACAACGGCAAAGGAGCCGCUAACCAUGUUAGCAAUAAUACUAAAGGGGCUAUCCAGGAGCUGGAUCCCAAUAAAGACUCGGGUGACAGUGGAAGUGAAAGUGACAAUGAACAGGAGGAUAACAGUAAACAUUCAAGUGAUGAUAAUAACAGCAGCGAUGGUGGAGAGCAAGAGGAGGAAGAAUGGGAAAGGUUACAGUCUGGGAUCACAAGGAAAGAGAAAGUUCUAGAAGGAACAUCUAAGACUUCUCAUGAGGUCCAUUGUCCAUACUUCCCAGAGGUAAAGCAGGAAUGGUGGUGGAUCUACCUAGCUGAUAGGAAGACACAUCGUAUUAUCACUUUACCUCAGAUGAUUUAUGACCUUGUUGAUGAAAAAGAUAUCGAGUUGAAGUUCCCUGCACCUGUUAAAGGGUUGUAUCAAUACCAGCUCUGUGUUCGCUCUGACUGCUAUCUUGAUCUGGAUUACAUCAAAUCAAUCAAAGUGGAUGUGAAAGAAGCCAAGAAGGUAGAGGAGAUGCAUCCUCAAUGGGACAUCUCAGAUGAUGAAGAUAAAGAAGAGGAAGGAGAUAGUGAUGUUUCUGAUUAUACCACCGAUGAUGAAGGUAGUGAUGAAGAAUAGAUGGAGAACAACCUCCCAAAUGAUGACAGCCUACAUCCUCAUCAUGUUUGUCUUCAUUCCUAAAGAAAACAUCAAUACUUGACACCAAUAGACCUUAUCCACAUGAUGUCAUAUCAGUCGGGCGCCCUCACCUAGAGUAGAGGUAGAACAGCAGCCGUUCGUUGGCCGAACCUGUGUGUUGCGCAUACAAAUCUCUACGUUUUGAUUGCUUCGUCAUCGUUUUACCUCUAAGAUGGUGGCUGGAUGAGUGGAUGACAUCAAUGCAUAAGUUCUAUGUCUAAAAGUUACAGACCUAUCCUGCAUGUAUAAAAUGCUUUAUUUAGGCUCUGGGGUUAAAUAUGCGCUAUAUGCCUUCUAUCCAUUUUAGGUUGUAAAUGUUCUGUUAUAAUGUAGGCGACGGAAAACACUGUCAUGUUUUGUACCGUAACAGUCAUCUUUAUUGCUGGCAUUUCAACCAAAAGUGCUGUUUAACACUGUGUUAUGAUGACCCUUAUGAGGACGUUGGAUUUAAGGAUUGAUUUAGUUUCAUUAUGAGGUGUGGUGAUGAAAUAAACCAGGCUCUUAGCCCUGGGUGUUUGACUGCAGCAAGGACGCUCCUAAGGGAGACAAUAAAGCAUGGUUCAUACUUCCUGCGAAUGCAAAGCAAAUUUUCGUUACAGGGCUGUUUUCGUAGCAAAUGUUUCGCAAAACUGAACUGUUGCAAAUUAUUCGUUUUGAAUUUGUGAUGUAAAAAUUUAAAUUUGCUACGCAUUCAUAUUUGCAAGGUGUAUGAAAUUGGGCUUUAGGGAUGGUUCCAGUCAUUUUAAGCUAACCCAAUGGACUGGCAGUGUGUCAUGAUUUGUGGAAUACAUGUAGAUUGGAUAGGUUUAUGUUGGACAGCAGCAGAGGAGAUUCAUCACAAUCCUUUCCAAACAGAUAAAUGUAUGAUGAUUAGUCAUUUUAGAAUAGUCCAGGUGAAAAGUAGUACUGUAGAUGAUUUCAGAUUUUAUUUGGUUUUUCCUGGCAGAUUUGUUUCUUCAUGUCAGUUUGACAUUUCUUGUUGAUGGUUUUUGUGAUUACCAUUCAAAAACAAAUUUAAUCUCAAUUACUGCAACGAAGCUGCAAUUAUCUUGACAACUUGUGUCUUCUAUGUAAAUUAAAAUAUGUAUGACUAUUUUUGGGAGUAUGUUGUGUUGAAACUGUAUUUUGAGCUUGUUUACUUUAUUAGUCCAUAGAGUUUGACCCAAAGGAAACUGUUGUUUUAGAAAACAUCCAAACAUGUACCAGAUGUACUGGUCUUACAUAAAUCUAUAUUUGAUGUCUACCGAGUGUAUGAAGAUGGUAGGACUGCUGUAUUAUACAUCCCUUGUUAAUCAAGUUUUGGGUUUCAAAUUUGUCAAAGUCAAAACCCAUAUAAAGUUAUGAUAAUAUUUUGAAGCGUUUUUUUUUAAAAUAAUGAUGAUCUAAAUGUAUGUAUAAUGUUUAACUAGCAAUGCGUACAAUUUUCAAUGUCUCUUGAAUUUUAAUCAUAAGUGAAAAUGGGCUUUGAUUUUGGGUGUAUAUACAACCAAUAGUGAAGCAUCGUUUGAGCAUCUGUUAUAUUAAUAGAAAUCACAAAUGCUGUUCAGGUUAACUUGCCAACAAACACUGGUGAGACUGUUUUGUAUUGAAUAUGGCAUUCUGUAAUUGACUUUUACCCAACAAAAUGAUAGAUUAAGAUAAUACUCUUUUACUUGACAAUAAACCCAAUUAAUACUUACUUGCCUUCAGCACGCUUGAGUGUCCAUUAAAUACUAUAGUUUUUUCUGAAACCCUAUAAUUGUGAUGAUCAUCACAUGAACAUUAAGAAUUGUACCUAUUUAAGAAUGAGGUGUGCAAGGUUAUAUUUUGUUUGCUUUGGGGAAGGAGUCUUUACUGUUUUAUCCAAUUGUGGCAUUAGUUAAAAGUAACAUGUUUUUUAAGGUAUUUAUUAUCAACAAAACGGGGAUUAUCAGUGAGAAUUUCUUAGAGAUAAGGACUUCUGUGAAAUAGAUGUUAAUUUAAUAAGCUACUGUUGGCAAUAGGUGACUGCAGAUUUUACCAGGUAACAGAAUUGUUCUUAGAAAUGCGUGCAUGCUCAAAACUAUGCAAACAACUGAAGUUUAGCUGGUAAUUAAGUCUGCUGCCACCUUGUGUUUCAGAGUAUCCCAAUCUGAUCUAUGUGUCUUAGCAGCUUUUAAAUAUUUAUGUAAUCAGUUUAAAUUCCGACCCACUCUCAGUAUAAAUUAUAUUUCUUCAAUCAAUAAUGUUUUAAUUUCAAUGUUUUCAAUCUUCAAGACCUGACUUAUUUGUCAAUAUAGUUGUGUUCCUUUAUAACUGUGAAAUUGCUGAGCUCAUGUUUCAUCCUUAAUUCUUAAAAAAAAGUAUUGUACUAGUCAAAAUAUACUUUUAACCUUUUAUUUUUUUCUGGAUAAUGAUUGUAUAACACACUUGAUGUUUUGAUGUAAGCUUCCUUCCCCAUGAAUUAUUAAUGAAGAAAAUAAAUGAGCACGCUUCCAAAAAUAGA